AGGUCAUUGGCUAUGAGGCUCUGGUGCAGUCUGAGCAGUUAGUCCUUUGCCAAGAUGCUUGAGAGCACUAAAAAUAUCUGGAUCCCCACAAAGCCCUACUAUACCCAAGUUUGCCAGAUUUGGAUUGGAAUGGGGUUGAUGAGCAUCAUCAUUUAUAACACCAGGAGUGCUGACGAAAGAAGUAAAGCUUUGGAAGCUCCUGCACCUACUCAUGGUCAUCACUCUGCACUUGGAGUGCACAUAAGAUAAAAUGUCAGUCUGCCUGUAAACGUAAGCAAGCUGCGUUAGGUAGGAGCAUGGAGCAUGGGACAUCACUGUGUACUUGUAUAAGUAUGGUCUACU